CGAAAAUGAUCGUCGCGACGUCUGGUGACAGGUUUUCACCACGAUACGUACUUUGUGGUGUUCCUUUUUACGACUUUUCGCUAACUGCCUCACAAAAGAACCCUAAAUGACCUUGAAAUGAUGUAGAACUUUCUUUAGAAGAGAUUAGACAUUACACUUCACCUGGCAGCACCGCAAGUAUCGGUUUGGACGUUCCUGUUUCAAUGUGCUAGCGCCGAACGUAGUUUGGAAAAGGUGGUGCUUUUCGUUGCAGCAGUUUCAUGCACAGGCAUAGAAGACGAACAACGUGAUGUAGUUGCUCAGUAAUCAUUCCUGAUAACUGCUUCGACUCAAAAGGAGGCACAAUGAGCAACGAUGACCAUCUUCAUUAUAAAGCCACAGACGACCGAAAGGUACGGAACGCACUCUCCCUUGAGAGGAAGUUGGAACUGCUGGCAGCCGUAGAACGAGAGCCGGACAGGGCGAGGGUUGACAUCGCCAAAGAAUUUGGCUUGCCGGCCUCAACGUUAAACAGCAUUGUGGCCAGGAGGAACGAGGUUGAGAGCAAUGUCCAACGCUUCGACGCGGCCACCAAGUCAGCUAAGACUGCCAGAUACUCAGCCGUUGAAACCGCUCUGGUCGAUUGGUUGCGGCAAGUCAAUGCAUCCGGAACCUACGUGGACAGCGUCGCUAUUCGUAAGAAGGCUCGUGAAAUUGCCAAGUCCUUGGGUUUCGCAGAAUUCACGGCGUCAAACGGUUGGAUUUGCCGCUUCAAGGCUCGUCACGGAGUCAUUGGGUGCACUGUGGGCCUUCUCUGUCCCGAGGAUGCACGUAAACGAAAACCAGUGCAAUCUGCCAAUGGACCGGAUUCAAAAAGAACAAAGUGCAUUAAGGACCUUCCAAAAAAAGAUCGUUUUUGUUGGAUAUGCCACCGGGAGCCGGCAACACUGACAUGCCAUACGUGUCCUCGUAGCUUUCAUCCCUCCUGUGUUAACCUCAAGGUAAAGACUCUGAGUGAGUGGGUCUGUCCAGAGUGUGUACGCGUCAUGGCAGCCGAGAACAUGGACACUCGCUCCUCAGGUCUGGCCCCACUCGGUGCUGAGGAGUUCUGCUCCUUGCUCCAAUUUGCCCUGCAGAGAUUGAAGCAGCACACGCAUGAAGCCUUCUUGCGGCCAGUUUGUACAAAGACUUACCCCACCUACACGGAUUACGUCAGUCAUCCCUUUGACCUCAGUAUUCUUGAAAAGAAUGUGCGGUGGAAGCACUACGGUUGUACAGAAUCAUUUUUGAAUGACGCACGGUGGAUCUACCAUAAUUGCAUCAUCUUCAACGGCUAUAACCACAAGCUGUCUAUGAGUGCCAAAGUACUGAUGAAAGUGUGCAAGCAGGAAAUGGAGGAAAUCGAGGUCUGCCCUGACUGCUACAAGAAUGCCAAUACUCACGAGUCAUGGUUUACAGAACCCUGUCGAAGGCCACAUCUCCUAGUCUGGGCAAAACUAAAAGGAUUUCCUUAUUGGCCUGCAAAGGCCAUGCGUUUGCGAGAGGGAAAUGUGGACGCCAGGUUCUUUGGUGCCCAUGACAGGGCGUGGGUACCCCUGAGUCAGUGCUACAGGCUUUCCAAGGAGUACCCGACAGAUGCAAAAAAUAGGAAAAAGGGUCUUCAAAAUGCCAUGGAAGAGCUUGAGAUCUACAUACAGAAAUACAAGGAAAAGUUUACGGACUUUGAGUACAGUGGCCCGAAGGUGCCCGUCACACAAGAGGACAUUGAAAGGUUAUUGGCAGCAUCAAAUGGUGCUACAUCAUUUGAUGGUGCCCCAUCUACCACUAGCACUCCAAAGAAAACAUCACCAUUUGCUUUCAGACCGACCGUGGUGAACUUGUCGAGCGCUGCCGUCACUUCGCCCAAUGACAAAGCUCCCACCGAAGAGCUUCAAACAGGGCCUUCAGCUCAGGACAAGACAGAGCCCUGUGUAGAGACCGCAGAGGAACGAAGAAUGGAAUCUCAAUCAGAUGAAAGCACACAAAACACUCCGACGACAAGGAAAGCACCGGAUUCAGUGACUUCAGACAGCCUGCAGGACCAGCUGUCUUUUGGAACAGAUUCUUCGCAGAACUCGAAGCCCCAUGGCAUAUUUGAAGGGAGCUCGGAGUUGCCGGGAGAGUUGAAGAUACGUGUUUCGGAAAAGGACAUGGUGGACCUUCCAAAGAAAGUCAAUCGCAAUGUGGAGAGCCUUGUGAGUGCGCUGCGGAAGAUUCAGCGAUCCAUCAGCACGGACAGCGAGCUUCAAAGUGGCGCUCCCGAAGCUGCAACUGAAAGCACAAAGGAAAAUCAUGCAGCUGGUACCCCACCUUCAUCCCCAAAAGCAAAGGUUGCAACUCCGAAAAAUGAAGAGAACCACAAAGAACCUGCAGAGGAUGGCGACACCGUGCCGUCCACACCUAAGCAGGUCGCUGAUGACUACAGAGAGAAGUUGAAGAAGACUAUUCUCAUCUGCAAAGAGAAGAUCGGGGGCAUUUCAGGAGCAGAUGCAGAAGAGGCGGCUGUGGAUGAGGAAGAAGCUGAUGAUGAAGAAGAGCUAGAUGAGGAAGUGGAAGAUGAACAGCAGAGUAAAGACGAGAAGGAAACAGACGUAGUGAAGGAGAAAGAACUAAGUAGAAUUGAAGAAAAAAUUGAUGUCGAGGAGGAGAAGGAGGUCAAGGUGGAGGGCCCAUCUGAGGGUUCAUCCAGACGGGACUCUUCAAAUUCUGAGGGCAAAGUGCCAGGACGAGCCAAGAUGAAAUACACCUGCAAACGAAAUUCCACAACAAAAGGUCUCACCAAUGGAUCUUUGGAGCUAUCAGACAGUGCUAGCUCAGACCACUAUUCGGAUGACAAGCCGCUGAGCUCCUUGCUGCCGCAGAAAGAUCGUGACGAGUUGGUGAAGCAGAAGUUCAGAGACGAGAUGGCGGAAACGUGCCACAAUUUUGUAUUGGCUCUAAAAGAGACUCGCAUCUGCUGGGCUCUAGAGCUGAAGCAGAUCAUGGCUGACACCGAAGAAAAGAAUGCUGCCGAGCUGUCGAGGGCUGUAGCAGAAACUAAAAGGAAGCAAUGGUGUGCCAACUGCUGGAAAGAGGCAGUGUUCUACUGUUGCUGGAACACAAGUUACUGUGACUACCCGUGUCAGCAGGCACACUGGCCGAAGCACAUGGCCACGUGCACUCAGGCUGCGGCACAGGCACAGCCAGCGACGGGGGUUGCAGCUGUCGUCAGCAACACUUCACUGACGGAACUGUCACUGGCUCCAGCAGGCGAAAAAGCAACAACUGUUAUCUUACCACACACCUACCAGGCCUCGUCUACAACACCCCUCGAAACACAGAUUUCGAAGUCUCCCCAGCAGCCUUCAAUCCUGCGGACAACGCUCUCCACUAAAACUGUGCAAGCAAACAAAACACAGUUGACAGCAGCUUUGCCACCUGGAUUGACCCUGACACCACUCAAUCCGUCACACUCGUAGCGACGUCAUAUUGGAUCACAGCCAGGUUGUGGUGAAAUCAGUGAUACAAUGAAUAGUGCUCAUAAAGGAUACAUGUGACAUGAUCAUCGUGAAACACUUGGGGGGUACGUGUACAAACUUUGUGAACUAAUGUUUUAGGGAGGAUUGGUACCACACUAUUGUGCAUUUGUAUAUGACCAUUUGUGAUGGAAUAACUAUUGUUUUCUUGGAGUGUACUGUAUUCGCUGCAGAAAUGAUUUUAGUCUACCCCUGUGUGCAUACAAUGCAUGUAAAUGUAAAUAGUGUACAUGUCAAUUUGUUAAGGUAAGUCCUAAUGUUUCUGUGCAUUCUUUCGGUUCGAUGUUACUAGUUCUAUAUCAGUGCAGGAACGAACCUGCAGAAUUAUGAAUUGUGACUGAGUUGUGACGUAUGAAAGAAUGCUGAAAAUGAAGCUCAAUGGAGUUCAGGAAUAUGCCAGACUUUGUGUCUCCAGGUGGACGAGAAAGGCAUUUUAGGGUGUGUUGAACUGUCUUUGCGUCCUGAAUGUGUACAGAGAAAAUAAAAUGAGGAAAUGUA